CCUAUCAUGUGUUGAUAUCUUACGUUCCCCUAUUGGUUCUCUCUUUCUCUCUCUCUCUCUCUCAUAAACCGACCUUCGCCGCCGUCGCGCUUCAUCAUUGUUUCCUACUUCGUAAAAACCUUCCCCUUUUCUUCUUGUUUUUCGUUUCGUUUCUUUGCUUCAAUACUUUAAGUCGAAAGGUACCAGGUGAGGUGUGUGAGAGAGGGAGUUGGUUUUUCAGGCAUAGGUCUUGUUAUUGAAGUUUUGAUAAAGGAAAAAGAAAAUGGCUUCAAGAUUAGGUAGUGAUGAUGAUGCUGAUAAUAACAAAGGAAGCAUGUGGGCUUUGGAGCAAAAGCUGGAUCAGCCAAUGGAUGAAGAAGCUGCAAGGCUAAAAAAUAUGUACAGAGAAAAAAAAUUUUCUGCGCUGUUGCUUCUUCGGCUUGCAUAUCAGAGUCUUGGUGUGGUUUAUGGAGAUUUGGGAACUUCCCCUUUGUAUGUUUUCUACAAUACAUUUCCUCAUGGAGCUAAAGAUCGAGAGGAUGUUAUCGGAGCUCUUUCUUUGAUUAUAUACUCUCUCACACUAGUGCCACUCCUCAAAUAUGUUUUUAUUGUAUUGAGAGCAAAUGACAAUGGCCAAGGUGGAACAUUCGCUCUCUACUCCUUGCUUUGCCGACACGCAAACCUUAAAAUCAUUCCCAACCAGCAUCGUACUGAUGAAGAGCUCACCACAUAUAGCCGGGCUACAAUCCAUGAAAGAUCAUUUGCUGCAAAAACCAAAAGAUGGCUUGAGACACACGCAUUUAAUAAAAACUCCAUCCUCAUGCUUGUCCUUGUUGGUACCUGCAUGGUGAUAGGAGACGGGAUUCUUACCCCUGCUAUAUCUGUUUUAUCUGCUGCUGGAGGCAUCAAGGUAAAUCGCCCCGAUGUGGAUAGUGGCGUAGUUGUGCUGGUUGCUGUUGUAAUACUAGUCGGGUUAUUCAGCUUGCAACAUUAUGGUACGGAUAGAGUUGGUUGGCUCUUCGCUCCAAUCGUCUUACUUUGGUUUCUGCUAAUUGGAGGUAUCGGUAUGUACAACAUAUGGAAUUAUGACAGCAGUGUUUUAAAAGCAUUUUCACCUAUCUAUAUAUAUCGGUAUCUAAGAAGAGGAGGGAGAGAAGGUUGGACUUCCCUUGGUGGUAUCUUGCUUAGCAUAACAGGGACGGAGGCUCUUUUUGCCGACUUAGCUCAUUUUCCAGUCUCAUCUGUACAAAUUGCAUUCACUCUAGUUGUGUUCCCUUGCCUUCUUUUAGCAUAUUCUGGACAGGCCGCCUACCUUCUAUUAAACUUGGAUCAUACGAAAGAUGCUUUCUACCGUUCUAUUCCAGAAAAAAUAUAUUGGCCCGUAUUUGUCGUAGCAACAGCAGCAGCUAUUGUAGCUAGCCAGGCUACAAUAACAGCAACCUUUUCAAUUAUUAAGCAAGCGCUAGCUCACGGCUGUUUCCCACGAGUCAAAGUUGUACAUACAUCAAAGAAUUUCCUUGGCCAGAUAUAUAUUCCAGAUAUGAAUUGGAUCCUUAUGAUUCUUUGCAUCGCUGUUACGGCUGGGUUUAAGAAUCAAAACCAGAUUGGAAAUGCAUAUGGUACUGCUGUUGUGUUGGUCAUGCUGGUUACAACACUGCUCAUGAUUUUAAUCAUGCUGUUAGUCUGGCACUGCCAUUGGAUUCUUGUCGUCAUUUUCACACUCACAUCGUUGGUUGUGGAAUGCACAUACUUUUCAGCUGUACUAUUCAAAGUUGAUCAAGGUGGUUGGGCACCCCUUGUAAUUGCUGGAGUAUUUUUCAUUAUAAUGUAUGUUUGGCAUUAUGGUACCCUGAAGCGCUACGAGUUUGAAAUGCAUAGUAAGGUCUCAAUGGCAUGGGUUCUUGGCCUCGGACCGAGUUUGGGACUUGUCCGUGUCCCUGGAGUUGGAUUAGUAUACACAGAGCUUGCAAGUGGAGUACCACACAUCUUUUCCCACUUCAUCACCAACUUACCAGCCAUCCAUUCUGUGGUGGUUUUCGUGUGUGUCAAGUAUCUUCCUGUCUACACCGUUCCAGAAGAAGAACGAUUCCUUGUAAAGAGGAUUGGCCCCAAGAACUUCCACAUGUUCCGGUGCGUGGCACGGUAUGGCUAUAAAGACCUGCACAAGAAAGAUGAUGAUUUUGAGAAGAAACUAUUCCAUAAUCUUUUUGUGUUUGUUAAGCUCGAGUCGAUGAUGGAAGGAUUCUCUGAUUCUGAUGAGUACAGUUUGUACGGCCAGCAAACAGUGGAGUCUAGAGAUGCUGUGUUGAACAACAACAAUAAUGACAACACAGCUUCCUCAAAUGUUGACUUGUCAAUUUCGACAGUAGAUUCAAUAGUACCAGUUAGAUCUCCAUCACCUGUGAAUAUCACUGUACAGUCAUCCGAUCGUGUAAGCAGCCACACCGAGGUUGAUGAACUCGAAUUCUUGAACAACUGCCGGGAUGCCGGGGUGGUCCACAUACUAGGAAACACAGUUGUGAGGGCAAGGAGGGAUUCAAGAUUCUACAAGAAAAUAGCUGUUGAUUAUAUAUAUGCAUUCCUUAGGAAGAUAUGCAGGGAGCAUAGUGUGAUUUUCAAUAUUCCUCAUGAGAGUCUCCUAAAUGUUGGUCAAAUUUUCUAUGUAUAGUGCCUCUUCCAUUCCUCUUAAGAUGUAUCAUUUGUGAUUUUUCCUUUUUGUGCACAGUUGAGAAAUAUUAUAGGAUAUGAACGCAUUAUGCAUUUAAUAGUUAAGUUUUGUAUGUAUUAUUUUCUUUGAAAUA